AUGCCACCGAGAGCUAAGAAGCGCAGAAUGGCUCAACCAUCAGCGACUGUCUCACAGCAGUCACGAAGUGGUAGUCAGGCUACAGUGAAUUCCCAGACGUACUCGUCGUCGGUGUCGGCAGGAUGUCCAGUUCCAAUACCACCGGCCCAGGCUCCAGCAAAUUCUUCUGUAGCGGAAGCUCAACCCAUGUUGACAAGAAGUUCAGGGCAAUCCCUUGCACUGCCUACGCCUGGAACACUGAUUUCAACUUCAGCAGAUGUGGGCACCACCCCUGUUUCUGUCCCAUCAGUACAUAUGAUUGAUACACAGACUAUAUGGUUGGUGGGUUCAUCAAUAAUCAAGCACGCCUUUUUGGAAGCUGUAUUAAGACCAAGUGGUACAAAUUUGACACUAGAAAGAAAGCACAUCUCCCUGUGGUGGCAGGGUUAUAGUGGCCUCCAGUUAAGUAAAACAAGACAAAAGAUAAGAACUCUUGAAAAGGUGGGCCCUGUACCUAAUUUCAUUCUUAUACAUUGUGGGGGGAACGAUUUGGGCAAUGUAUCGAUCAGAAAAAUAAGGGUUGUGGCAAAGCAGUUGGUUUUAUUUUUAAUGAAUCACUUUCGAAACAUUAGGAUUAUAUGGUCAUUUAUCCUUCCUCGUCUUCAAUGGCGCUAUUCGGCAAAUUUAAAAGCUAUGGAAAAUGCACGCAAACGGGUUAAUUCUGGUAAAGCUGCAAUUGUCUUGCAAUCUGGGGGCGCAAUAAUCCGCCAUACAGACAUUAAACCUGAUCCGGCCUUGUUUUUACACGACGGGGUACACAUGUCCUCGUUGGGAAAUAACAUAUUUCUAAACUCUCUCCAGGGGGGACUUGAGGCUAUCGUUGCGCAUGGUCAAUCCUGCUUUCCUAAUUAACAAGGGUCCUGGGUACGGCUGUUCGUAUAUGCCGC